CUAAAAAAGGGCAGAAAACCGCUCCAUUACCAUAUACAUUAACAUUAUUACUCCUUAAUUACAUUUACACAGGGUUACGGUUACGCAAACUCUCUGUUGGAGAACGAAGAACAAUGAGAGGUUCAUACUACACGUUUUACCAGAAAGCUUCUAAUGCUUUUCGUGAUCAUCUUACUUUCUCCAAAAUUCUUGUUGUCUGCACUAUCAGUGGUGGUGGACUAGUGGCAUAUUCUGAUGUGAGGCCGUUUAAUAACGUUUAUGCCGAUGCGGCUCAAGCUACCAUCAAGAAGAAGAAAGUUGUAGUUUUAGGAACCGGUUGGGCAGGCACAAGCUUCCUGAAAAACUUGAAAGAUCCUUCACUAGAUGUUCAAGUUGUGUCCCCUUGUAAUUAUUUCGCAUUUACCCCUUUGUUACCUAGCGUUACAGUUGGCACUGUGGAAGCGCGCAGUGUAGUCGAACCCAUCCGCAACAUUGUAAAAAAGAAAGACUUCGAUGUUCGUUUCAAGGAAGCAGAAUGUUUCAAGAUUGAUACAGUUAACCAGAAAGUCCACUGCAAGUCCAUCCAAAACACCAAUGUUGACGGGAAUCAAGAGUUCACGGUGGAUUAUGAUUAUCUGGUGAUUGCUAUGGGAGCACGCGCUAAUACGUUCAACACCCCUGGUGUCGUCGAAAACGCUCAUUUCUUGAAGGAAGUAGAAGAUGCUCUUAGAAUCCGUAGGAGUAUCAUCGACUGCUUUGAAAGGGCAAGUCUUCCGAGUGUAAGUGAAGACGAAAAGAAAAGAAUUUUGCAUUUUGUGGUGGUCGGAGGUGGGCCCACAGGGGUGGAGUUUGCAGCCGAGCUUCACGACUUUCUUCUUGAAGAUUUGGUUAAACUGUACCCUGAUCUUGAGAAAUAUACGACGAUAACACUGCUAGAGGCCGGUGAUCACAUAUUAAGCAUGUUUGACAAAAGAAUAACUGAUUUUGCUGAAGAAAAGUUCAAGAGAGAUGGUAUUAAUGUGAAAACCGGGUCAAUGGUGGUCAAAGUGUCUGAUAAAUCAAUAUCUCUUAAAGAAAGAUCAACCGGUGAAACGAAAGAUUUACCAUACGGAAUGGUUGUGUGGUCAACUGGAAUUGGAACCCGACCCGUUGUAAUGGAUUUCAUGAAGCAAAUUGGCCAGGGAAACAGACGGGUUAUGGCAACCGACGAAUGGCUUAGGGUGGAAGGAGUGCCGAAUGUGUAUGCUCUUGGUGAUUGUGCUACGAUAAAUCAACGUAAAGUAAUGGAAGAUAUCUCAGCCAUAUUUAGCAAGGCGGAUAAGAACAAGAGCGGAAAGCUGAACGUAGGAGACUUUGCUGAAGUAAUCAACGACAUCAUCGAGCGGUAUCCUCAAGUGGAGCUUCAUUUAAAGAGUAAAAAGUUGAAGAAUUUCGUCGAGUUACUGCAGAGUAAUCAAGACGAUGCUGCAAAAAAGGCAACUCAACUGGAUAUUGAGAAGUUUAAAAAAGCACUUUCUGAAGUGGAUACCAAAAUGAAAAGUCUUCCUCCAACUGCACAAGUGGCGGCUCAACAAGGUGAAUAUUUAGCCAAAUGCUUCAACAGGAUGAAAGAGUGUGAAGAGAAUCCCGAAGGUCCGAUUAGAUUCAGAGAUUCUGGUCGACACCAUUUCAAACCAUUCAGGUACAAGCAUCUGGGCCAGUUUGCUCCAUUAGGUGGUGAACAAACUGCAGCACAACUUCCUGGUGAUUGGGUUUCAAUGGGUUACGGCGCGCAGUGGCUUUGGUACUCGGUGUAUGCUAGCAAACUCGUGAGUUGGCGUACGAGAAUCUUGGUGAUAGGUGACUGGGGAAGAAGAUUUAUUUUUGGAAGGGACUCCAGCAAAAUCUAACACAAUCAAUCAGUGACUUUUAUAAAAGAAAAUGAGAGUUUUAUUGAGAUUUUGAUCAACGUAAUUUUGUUUUGUUAUUUAUUUAUUUAUUAAGAAUAGUUAUUGUAGAAGGUUCUACUUGUAAUUUGAAUCUUGUUUUGAUAAGAUGAUCAAAGUGUGGUAGGUGAUUCUCUUAUGAU